AUGGGUGCUCUCGGGUCAUGGCUGCAGAUGCUGUUUCAACCACUUCACUGUGAGCUUCCUGCUGGCCGUGCCUUGGUCACACGGAUGGUACUGCCGCUGCCACAGCUGCCAAUGUUGCCUGUGGAUCUACGGAUUGUGAAGGUCUCCCCUUCAGAAGCCACAUUUGGUUGGCAGCCUCCUUUGGUCCUGACAAUGGCGCACCCAGAAGUCAGGGUGGCCGCCCUACGCUUGGAGGUGGAUCAGUCGGAGCCGCCUUCCCAGUGGGCUUCAGAGUCGCGCGAUGCCAGAGAGGUCUUCGCGCCCCGCAGUACGGAGCUUUCAGAGGACUUUUCCAUCUUUGUAAUCGGCCACCCGAGCCUUACAGUGACCAUAGAGGUGCAGAGCAAUGCCUACUCCAUGCUGGCGGAGUGGAUGCGUACUCAGAGAUUCCAUGCCUGGCUCGGGGCAUGUUCUUGCCUGAGUGCUGCAGACCUCGUCGGUGCCAGGUGGGCCCAGUGGACCUUCCUGGCAGCCUGGCUCAUCACUACUCUGCUUUUGGAGCCUAUCUUCGAGGGCCCAUCUGAAAUGCUGCCCUCGCUUCGGGUCUUCAACAGCUUUCUGGCAGUGGGGCUGGCCUUACUGUCCAGACGAUGCGCAAAGGUCGUCUCGCGGUGUCGGCGCUGGGGGAGCCAGCCUCGCCAAGGAGCAUGGCGGCAAGCUAUCCUUGUCUUCGUAGCUUUGAUGCUUUUAGCCUCUAUUCAACCGGCAGGCUGUGUGCUUUUGCUGGCCAUUGCAAGUGCAUACAAUGCUGAUCCCAAGGCACCUGGCUUGGCGUCUGUACUCCUGGGGCCCUACUUGCUGUGUCACUUGCCGUCGAUCAUUCUGGCUGUUUGGUUGUUGCUGGGGCAGCAGAGAGAAGCCUCGGCACCCCACCUGCAGCGGUCCUUUGACAAAGCCUUCCAGAGCUCUCAGCAUGUGGCCUCCUUGUGGGCUGACUCGUGGAUUUUGGAGGGCCGCGCAGAUCUCCAUCCAGGGUUUCGACCGGCCCUUGGCCUCCUUUGUCCUGCAGCAGCCUUGUCUUGCUGCAUGGCAGGUCGAGGCGCUGUGAGUUCGGUCGGCUUUGCAGCGCUAAUGCUAAUGAUAUCGGUGGCGGUGACCAUUUAUGCCGCAACUUCUUCCAGCCGUUUGUGGUGGGCAUGCCAGCCGGUCUUAGCAGCGCAUUUGGUGCCACUCAUUCUGCCUCGGACCCAGGCCAAAGAUGAAUGA